AUGGCAACCAAAGCCGUCGCCGCCAAGCAUCCCUAUCCGGACAACAAACCGCCCAUCUACAAGAAGACGGCCAAGAUCGAUGUAGGCCUCCACACCGAAACCCUCAGCAAUGCGUACAAGACAACGCGAGACGUGGCCAUCGAGCUCCACAGAGAGCUACAGCCCUAUCUCAAGAAGGCCAAGGAGCGAGUGUGCGAGCUGGUCCACGAGGUUAACAAGCUCAAGCAGACUGUCAGGGAGCUGAAGAUAGAGAUAACCGUAUUGAGAGAGGAGCUCAGGGUAACCAAGGAGGCUUUGGUGACGGCUAACACCACCACGUUGCAUCCCGCGCUCUUGUUGAUUGACGGCGACCCCUACGACUGGUGUAAAAAUAUAUCCCGACGGCUUACCCCGACACGGCGCACGGGACUAACACCGCCGCAGGGUAGCCCAAGGACACCACGCGUACCCGGGGCGUCCGGGCACCCGGUACAACACUCCAUUCACGCCCUCUUCAGCCCCCUAUGCAGCACCAUCUGCACACCUUCUGCGCUGGAGCAAGCGGGGUCGUCUAGUUAG